AGUAUGUGCAAAUGAACAAGGCUGCGGACAACGACUGGUUUACGAUCUCGUCCAACGCCAAUGGCACACGCUGGACGGGCACGUGCUGGUCGUUCCACAACGGCCUGCGGUAUGAGUUUGAGAUGGAGUUUGAGAUCCCAGCCACGUACCCUGUGACCAACCCCGAGAUCUGCUUGCCCGAGCUGGAUGGCAAGACGGCCAAGAUGUACCGCGGCGGCAAGAUCUGCCUCACGAUCCACUUUCAGCCGCUCUGGCAGCGCAAUGUACCCCGGUUUGGCAUCGCCCACGCGCUCGCCCUGGGCCUCGCUCCGUGGCUGGCCGCCGAAGUGCCCGACCUCAUUGAGCGGGGCGUGAUCUCGCCCGUCUAGUGCACGAGCCAU